UCGACAAGGAAACAAUGGCGAGCACAGUCAAGUUUCCCGAUGUAGAGGAGCGGACGUUGCUGAAUGCCGAAGGAUCAACGAUCGAGUCAGGCCGCAGCAAAUUCUUUCGAAAGAUGAGGGAGCAGCCCCUCGUGCCCAUCGGGUCAUUGGCGACGUGCGGAGCCCUGGUGGCCGCAUCUUACUACCUCCGAGCGGGGGACCGCAACCAAUUUCAGCGCGCACUGCGAUGGCGUGUAGGCCUGCAGGGUCUCACCGUCGUCGCCGCCUGCGCAGGGACAUUCUACUAUGGGAGCGGCGCCGCGGCGGCCCCACCAACAGCACCAGAAGGAGGGGCAGGAGCAAAGAAGGUGACUUCAUUGCAGCAGCAAGCGAGUGCUGCGAUUGCUACGGUGCCCGGCAGGCCGGCUACGAAUCACCAAGCGUCAAGGGCCGAGGAGAGGAGAAGAGAGGAGAGACAGCAGCUCGCAGAGCGGCUCAGGGAGGCCGAGAGCAAGCAGGAGGCCGCAGAGAAAAGAAGGGCUGAGGAGGCGCUGCUCAGACCAGCUGGGUCAGAGUCGGGCGCGAGGACGAGGCCGAUCAUUGGGAGAGACGGACGCGAUAGAUCCGCGCCAGCCGCCUCGGUCUGAUAACUGUACCUAGGUAGAAAGCACAUCACACCACUACUCCAGCAUUAAUCUCAUCAAAGCAAGCAAAGAGAGAGGAAAAACGAGAACCCAAUGCUACACAGACCACAGCGCUACAGCAUCUUCCUGGAACAUACCCGGUGGAUUUUUGUCAUGGGUCGCGAGAGGAAAAAAGGC